GUAAAUAAUGUAUGCAUUUGUGUGGGGCAAUUUUAUUUUUUCUCGCAGCUCACUGUUCUUGCCCUGCUCUUUUCCGCGAUGACUUAGGUUCAAAGAGGCCAGUUACGAUGAGUCACAGCAGCAGGCGCUGGAGCGUCAACAUCCUGACUGAGGCCAUGUUCCCGGGCAUUGGUCUGGAGCCUGUGGCCAGCGGCCGGCCACCGCGGCCCGCUCUGGGCGCUGAGCUGGUGGCCAGCCUGCCCCUCCAAAUGUGCCUCUACUUCAACAUCCUGUACCUGCCGUGCUGGUCAGCGGUGCUAGCAGUCGUGUUCCACGCCAAGCUGGAUCGGAUGGACUUUCUGAACCGGUACAUCUACGUGACGGUGGUGGUGGGCGCACUACUGAUGGAGGCCGCGCGGCUCUACGUCGGCUACAUGGGCAGUCUACGUGAGGACGUGCCCGACCUGGCCGGCUUCUGGCUGAUCACGCUGCUGCUGGCGUGUCCGCUGCACGGCCUGCUGCUGCUGAACCGGGGCGCGCUGCAGCUGGCGCCCGAGCUGGCCGUGCUCUGGCCGCAGGCCGUGUUCGUCACUGCCGAGCUGGUGCUCGGGUACGCGGCCGCCCGCCGGCUGGCCCAGCACCAGGUCAGCAAGUUCCACGCCGCCAGCGCCGCCCGCCAGCAGCAGAAGAGCGAGUGAGCCCGGCCGUCAGGGGCCAACCCAGUGAUCUCAUCCGUCCAGUCGGAGGUCGGCGGUCGCCCGAUUCCCGUAGUCUUCAUCACUGAUCUCGCCCAGCGCUGGGCCCGUCAUAAGUGCUUCAUAGUUACAUGUAAGUGCUAGAAGGCACAUAGUUAGAUUAUGCACAAACUCACACAAGUCCCGCGAACAUGUAUCAUUCCACUACAUCCAAUAAAUGAAACAGCUUCUAAGUUAACUUAAUAACUAUGUUGUUAGAAAGAAUUGAUCGACACGCACCCAUCAUGCAUUCUUACAGACACCGUACCACUUGGCUCAACUUCUGGGUUAUCAUGUAUUCACAUACGACCUCGCAUAAAAAUGAAAACAUUCAUCGUUUAAGCCGUUGAACUGAAAAUUCUUGGGAAAUCCAGAAAGCGACAUUAAAUGCACCUUGUAUGUUAUUCGCAGCAAUACAUCUAUUCGCAUUGA